AUGUUCAGGGUACUGGUCUUGUGUGUAGCGGUGGUGUUGAUUCCGGUGCGCGCUCAGCCAUCGUUUUGCUCAGAAGACGUCCAUUGCUUCGAAGGGUACUAUUGCGAAAAAGAAAACAAAAUAAAUGAAUGUCGAGAAUGCCUGUCCUGUGAGGAUCUCAUGAGGAAGCCCCCGGCGGCUUAUAAACAGUGUAUUAAGUCUGUCGCUGAUUGCGGGGACUGCAUCAAUAACUUGGUGGUGGACCGGCGAGCUGAUGUGAAUUCAAAGUGCGUGCCUCCUGACACCUCAGACCUGCAAUCUACACCGUCCUACGUGUGGAUAUUCAUUGGAAUCGGGGUCCUGCUGCUCAUUGCACUCUUCGUCGGCAUCAUCGCCUACCUUGUAAUCUUCAAGACGCCUGACUAUGACAACCAGUCGAGUACGGUGACAGCGCGGAUCACGGCCACCGCUCCCGAAGCGCCGCCGCCCUACAACCCUUUACCACAGUCACCGUACCACUCACCAGUGUACACUGAUGUGGAAACCACUGCUUAUAAUGAAGACGAACAAUUCAUCAAGCGUCCCCUACCUCGACCGCAAGACACGCGGGAGUCGGCUGGGAAUCAAGCCGCCAGAGUUUAUAACAAACCGAUAUAUGAACAAGAAAUCCCACCGCCCAGUCCUGAAUCACCUGUGCCGGAGUAUACGGAGCCAAUGACGCUACCAGCUCACGAAGACGAUGAGACGAUGCCCAGCCCGUGGAUGCCCGAUUCCACGACCAGCAAUGGAGACGUGCCCUAUGUGGUGACUGAGACCGGAGGUGGUGACGCGGACGGUAGCUCGUCCAACCUUCCCGCUCUACUGGCCGCCGCGAGAGACACCACGCUCGUCGAACAUCCUGCAGCUAAGAAACGAUGUAUCAGACAGGACUCCCUAAACAACAGAAACCGGGAUAAUGGUUCAUGUGGGGACAGCAGUCAUACCAGUUUCCCGCGAUCGCCGUCACCGAGUCAAGGACAAGGCGGGCCGCCAUACAGCUUUAUCACACAGAUUACAAACGUCGUGCAGAUCAACACUAGCAAGUGA